CCAAUCAACCGGAAUAGAUAAAAAAUCUUAUCAUUUUUUUUGCAUCUUGAAAAAAUUUUGAAAUUUUCUCAAAAUUCCUCGCGCUGCAUCAUUUUUAACGAUUUAUUCCAAUGAUUUACUAAAUAAUCGAUCCUUGGAGAAUUCAAACCAACACUGCGACCCAAAAAAGUGAUAAUGAUUUUGAAAAACUUAUGGAAAUUGAGUCAACCAACGCAGACGAGAUGUUUCUCCGUAAGUGCCUUGUUAAACAAGAAGGUAUCCGGUAAAUACUUCCCAACGAGGAACCAUUCUUCACCAUUAACGUACGAAAUGGCUCAUCCUCCUGAAGACAUAGGUCACCAGAAAUCAUGGAAUUCUUUGAAUACUUCUGCGUUGCUUGACGGAUUGAGAACUAGCGAGACGACGGUCGAGGACGAGUUCAUUAGAAGGUUUAUGAAAGGAACUUGGCAUAAUUUAUUCGUUUCCGAAGUUAUAAUUAAAAGGCACCAUAAUAUUAUUCGAAUAGCUGGUAUCGUUUAUCAAGGUAUAACCCAACGUAAAAUGUAUUUUUUGAUCGGAUACUCCGAAGAAUUGCUCAGUUAUUGGUUGCAAUGUCCUGUGAAGCUGGAACUUCAAACCGUUAACGAUAGGAAAGCGGUAGUUUAUAAGCAUAUAUAAGAAUUUCAUGUCUCGUUUUAUUUGUAAUUAAAGUGUUAUAGUUUCGGUGUA